UGCGGAAAAAGCUUCGACCGAAGGUACACACUCAUCACCCACCAACGGAUCCACACCGGAGAGAAACCCUAUGAAUGCCACAAGUGUGGGAAGUGCUUCAGGCAGAGCUCCAACCUCAUUGUCCACCAGAAGACCCAUGCGGUAGGAAGGCUCCACGAGUGCGCCAUGUGCCAGAAGCUCUUCCCGGAGAGGUCGUUGCUUCUCCAGCACAAGAAGAUCCAUGUAGGAGAAAAACCUUUCCAGUGCCGGGAGUGCGGGAAAAGCUUCGUCUACCGGUCGAGGCUCCUCAUCCACGAGAAGGUCCACGUGAGGGAUACACAAGUGGACGGGAUACACUUCGGGGACGAAGCCAAGCUCCUCCAGCACCGACAGCGGCACAUGAGGAAGCGGCACUACAAGGGCCAGGAGUGCAAGAAGGAGUUCGGGCAGAGAGAGGAGCUCCAGCUCCACCAGAGGAUCCACAUGGAGGAGAAGGUCUACCAGUGCCCGACGUGCCAGAAGUGCUUCAAGACCAGGUCCAUCCUCCAGCGGCACGUGACGGUGCACACAGGGGAGAAACCCUACAAGUGCCCCGAGUGCGGGAAGAGGUUCACCUGCAGAUCCUACGUGGUCGUCCACCAACGGAUUCACACGGGGGAGAAACCCUACGAGUGCCACGAGUGCGGGAAGAGCUUCAGCCACGGCUCCAACUUUUCCCGGCACCAGAAGAUACACAUGGGGCAGAAGCCCUACAAGUGCGAGGAGUGCGGGAAGAGCUUCGGACAGAGCUCACAGCUUAUAAGCCACCAGCGGACCCACACCGAGGAGAAACCCUACCACUGCUCCGAGUGCAAGAUGUUCUUCAAGGGGAGGUCAACGCUCUACCAGCAUGAGCGGCUGCACAUGAGGGUGAAGCCCUACAAGUGCGACGAGUGUGGGAAGAGCUUUGGGCGGAGCGAGGACCUCGUUGCCCACCAACGCUACCACACGGUCAAGAAGCCCUACCAGUGCUCCCAGUGCGGGAAGUUCUUCAGCAAAAGGUCUAAGGUCUUGCGGCACCAGCGGCUGCACACCGGGGAGAAGCCCUACAAGUGCCACGAGUGCGGGAAGGGCUUCGGGCAGAGCACGGAUCUCAUCAUCCACCGAUGGACCCACACCGGGGAGAAGCCCUACCCCUGCGCUCAGUGCGGGAAGAGCUUCAGCAGGCGAUCCAGGCUCAUCAUUCACCCACAAGGCUCCCUCCGGUGCCCGCGGUGCGCGGAGGGUUCCGAGGAGGGAUCAAACCCCAUCGAGCACCAGAGAUAA